UGCGGACAGUCUCCAUAAGAGACCAGACACACUAAGCCUACAGAUAGUCAGUACAAAAGGAGCCACUGGGAGCAGGCAGCUAGCUGGACAGAAAGAAGAAGCCAUCUUUUUUUCCCAUAUAUAGACACGAGCUGCACUUCUAGGACAUGGGCAUGCAUGAAUCCAAGCCUCAGCAACAAGCACACGUCCUGAUGCUGGGUCUGGACGGAGCAGGAAAGACCACCCUGCUGUACAAACUGAAGUACAACGAGAGCGUGGUGACCGUGCCAACUGUGGGCUUUAAUGUGGAGACACUGGAGACAGACAGGAGCAGCCCAGGCCUCACAGUUUGGGAUGUCGGAGGCCAGAAGAAGAUGAGGCCCCACUGGAAGCAUCACUAUCCUGAUACAUCUGGACUGGUGUUUGUGGUGGACAGCUGGGAUCAAAAGCGGCUGGAUGAGGCCCGCAAGGAACUGCGUCGGGUCCUGAGGCACGAGUGUCUCAGAGGAGUUCCUCUCGUGAUCUUUGCCAACAAACAGGACCUCCACGAAGCUAUGAGCAUAGAAGCGCUUUGCCUAACACUGUACUUGGAAAAACUGUGCGAGGGAAGGGCCUGGUUCGUCCAGCCCUGUUCAGCCACCACUGGCAUGGGACUAGAGGAAGGUUUCAGGAGGAUUGCCUAUCUGAUGAAGACUCCAUUUAAACAGACUCAAGAGGACAUUAAGGUGAAGAUGAGGUCCAAGGGCUUCAGCAUCACAGCUUUGAAAAAGUUCUUGCUCUGCCGCUGACGAGGGAUUCAAAUCUUUAUUGGAGAUUGAUGUGUAGGAUUCCUUCUCGCCCGCCUGUGUGAGCCAUCAGCAAAUGGCCUCUCUGUAGCGUCUAUAGGAGCAAAUGACAGGAGUUGAUAAGAAACAGGAUGAGAUUAGUUCUUACACUUUUAAGGGUUAGUCUCAGUGGCAAAAAGAAUUUUAACUCAAUCCUGGUGAAGACAAAAUGUCGUUGGACUACUGUCUUAGGCCAUGAGGACGCUGUGAGUGAUUACAAAGAUCAUGUUAGGAAAACAAGCCGCUGCGUCACAAGCUGAUUUGAGCUGCUUGUUAAACACAGUGUCUGAGAUGAUUCGGUCUGAUAGCAAACACGCUGUACGGGUAAACUGAUUAAAACCUGUGGUUGUUUACUCAAGUCUGCGUGGCUCAAAGUAAUGUUGUUUUCCAAUUAUGCCUUAUGUGUUUUUUAAUUGUAUUUAUUUAUUUAUUUAUAUUCACAUCUAUAAGAUGUAAAGACUUCUUUUUACGUUCGUACCAUUUCAUACAAACUUAUUUAUUUAUCUGGUAUGACACUGCUGGUAUUGUCACACAAUGUGUUAAACUAUAUAGCCUUGACUGAAACAUGCAUACGUGAUAUUGAUGUUAAAUAUAUUGAUAUCGUCUACUGUUACAUCAAAAAAAAAAAAAAAAAAACACAUCAUGAAAAAAACUGUAAAAUCUGUCUUGUCAUGUUUUAAACAUGACA